AUGAGGUCGACGUCGGUAUCGCCGAAGGUGUGCGGUUGUCGGUGCCCUGGUUGCGAGCUGAGUUGCAUCGACCAUCGAUCCUACUUUGACUCUGUUACGGUGUGCCCUGAGAGCUACGCUCUAUUUGACCGCCGUUCCACAGAAACGAGCUCACUCGACUCUGACUUCCUCUGCGGUGCACCGUGCAAUCCAAAAACACCACUAUUAAUAAAGCGAGGCCGGAAAAUAGGGUCCAGAAAAGCAGACGAAAAUCAUGACACCGAUGUAACAGACAAACGGCGGGGCUCGCUCAAGUUCAAGAUCACUGCUGCUGUCCUCGACUCAUCGCCGACUCAGGCGAGCUCCUGCGACUCGGCGAGCUUCGAUCUGCGCUGCGAGACAGCGAAAGCGCACGUCUCGGCCUCGCACGCUUCGUGCUGCGGCCAAGCCGGACGUCGACUGCAGAAGGCAAAUGUACAAACAAGCGUACCUACAACGACCCCUCGCUUGGAGAUCGACGUCGACACCCACCGUCGCUAUAGGCUCUUUGACGAGCUUGUGGAUGCACAGGCUGGAAGCCCAUGUCUAUGUGCGCUUCGGAAUCCCUUCUCCCCCUGUCACAUGAGAGGCUUACUGCGGGUCUCAGAUGCCUUCCCGCCCCUCUGUCGAAGCAAGUGA